GCAAACCGGGCCGCCUAUAUGAUUGGUCAAAUGUUAUAUCAAUCAUUUUUAAUUCGUUCCCUAUUGGCUGUAUGUCGUGUAGUAAAUAACGUUCGGGAUACACAACAAAAGCUCUCUUCCACUUUCAUCGAGAAUGUGGUUGCUAUGAAUUCCAGUGGACCUGUGCUCACAAAGCAGAAUCCCUUCCCACCAGCACCGAAAGUGAGGACGGCACACUACCACCCAUCCAGCAACCAACCCCUUUCAAAGAAAGAGAAAAAAACUACACUAAGUCCUGUACGUUUAAACCAGCGAUCCAGAACAAAAUUACAUAAUCUAAACCAAGAGAGCCAGCAGCUAUCUAAGAAGCAUGACCGUUUAUCCUCCAUUGAUGGACAACCUGUUCUUAAAGAGUCCCAGGCCUCCACUGUCUUUGAAUUCUCUCCUGAUAGAAAUACUGCCUUAUCUGACAUGGACGAACCCAAAAAAUCUGGAAAAAGGGGGAAUUCCAGUGUUUCCCAAGUUCAAGGAUGCCAGGAGGAUUCUUUGCUGGCAAAAUAUGUAGAGCGUUUUCGCCAUGGUCAGCCACAGAGUCGAGAGGAGCGCCAUCAGGUGGCCUCUGCCAGUGGAGAAGAGCAGGCACCUUUUUGGUGGAUGUCACAUUCAUCUCUCAGCAGUUCAACACCAACUAAAACAACAGACGAAGAUGUUAUCCAACUUCUGAAAGAGGACCAGGAUGCUGCUCUUUAUGAUCCAUCUGCACGGCGUGACCAUAACAGAUCCCCUUCUCCCUACAGAGGAUCCAAUAGUCUUUUGUCCGACACAUCACAGGGUGAAUUUGAUGACAGGGAGAUCCUGCACCUUCAAGAAAAGGCCAGCAGACUUCUUCUGAGGGGUGAAUGUUCUGUGAGUGAUGGAUCUGUCCCUGUCAGCUCAGAGGGGCUGGGAUGCUCAGAUUUCUCCUCUCCCAUCAGUAUAGAUGAGCCAGUGAAGCAACCUUUGAUUCCCAGUUUAUUCAAAAAUACUACUGCAAAGGCCAGCUCAGACUCAGCUCAUGGUGUGUCCUUCCAAAAAUCUGUCAUGCCUUCUUUGGUGCCUCCUACCCGUCCAGAGGAAGACAUAUUGUUCCAGUGGCGUUUAAGGAGGAAAAUGGAACAAGCCAGAGAGAGGCCCCUGUCUGUGCAAGCCUCCAGUCCUCAUGCAUUUGGUUGGCAGUCCAUGAGGUUAAGCUAUCCCUCCAUCAGUGAACAAGCUUACAAGGAACAGCAGGGUACCCAACCCCCUCAAUUCUCACAAAGAGAUACUCAUUCACACAUCACUGCUGCCCAGCCAGAAACCACUGAGGCCCAGAGGUUCUGUCCCCCAGCUCCAGGCCCUUCGCUAUUCCCCACCAUCAAUGUUUCUGGUUCAGUCCCUCAGCUGCAGAGCAUUGCCCAUGUUCCUUCCCACAUGCAUUUUCUCUGUGACGUCUUGCCAUGUCCCAUCCAGUCAUCUCAUGCCAAAGUGCACCAGAGCAUUUCACAAAGGUUAGACGAGUCAGAAACCAAAGUUCUUCACAAAAAGACCCAAGUCCCUGAAAGCCUUGGAGAAUUAACUCUUUGUGAACGCGUGUCACUCACUCUACCUGCGCCAUCUGAGAGAGAGUGGCCUGAUCACCAAAAAAUGUCUGAGAAGAACAAGAAAAAGAAAAUGGGGAUGAAGCAAUCAGAGGUAAAUGGGAAGGAGGAAGCAGCACUCGCUAGACAGCAAAAGAAAUCAGCAAGGAAUUCAUUACAUCAAAAGCUUCCCAAAAAGGUCACAUCAUGUAAAGAGCAGCAGCAACCAGAGAGAAGACAGGAGCUUCCCAGUGAAAGCUGUGCUGGUGAUCAUGAACCACCACCAUCUCCUAUCCGCAAUGCAUUAGGACAGGUAGUUUCAGAGGUACUGUUUCCUACGGUGGAUUCCUCUUCUCCAAAAAAGAUUCCUGUUUCAUCUGAUUCUCCUUUCUGCACCGUCUCUGCACCUUCACCACCGCCAAUUCCUCCAAGCAAUGCCCUGAACUCUAUGGAGGUCAUUUCACAGCUGCUGCAAGAGGCCGAAGAUUCAGAUGAAAAAGAGUUUGGAGAUGAUCCUCUGUUACAAGUUCUUCGCAAACAGAGAAAAUGGGUGAAGGAGCAGAUCAGUGAGGUGGACUCCAUCUUAAAUGAAUUUGUGGAAGAGCAACAAGUUACUUGAAGAACAUCAA